AGUAACAGCAGUAUUUUAAUUCAGACAAACCAGAGAUGGUGCUUCAACCAUGAACACUUCGUCUUGGGAUGGAAAAGUCCUGAGCCUGCAGUGUAAGGCCAGAGGUCUACCAUCACCUCAGAUCACGUGGUACAAGCCUAGCGGUCAGCCAAUCACAGCUGGAGUAAUCCCUAUCUCUGGAGGCCAGCUCCAAUUAACAACAACUCAAGACUCAGGGGACUAUGGACAGUAUAUGUGUCAGGCGUCUGACUUGUUAUGGUCAGUGGAACGCCUGAUAGACUUGACAGCUAUUAGUAUCAGAGGGACUAAUUUAAUCCCAUUUUUGACAUCAGCGAAAUACAAAUUUUGCAGUGGCCUAAACUAUUUCGAUCUCAUUCGUCUUGCGUUGGAUUUGAUUGGUUGUAAGUUUAAUGUUUUAUGUACAUGGCAAACCUCCUACAUGCUUUUGUUGUGCACAGGUCCACCAACAUCACAACCGACAAACCAAGCCUCAAAUGCGACAGUCGCAAAAGAUACCACCCCUUACCCAUCUACUGCUCUUGGUGGCAGAGCUCUUGUCGGGGUGAUACUGGCAUGCGUGGUGAUUGUGGCUAUAGGUAAGAGUUUACAAAAGACUUUCACAAAUAUACUGUUUUAGGAAAGAGUUUAUGAAACAAGGAGAGUCUAAAACUAUGACAAAAAAGAUAUGCAGUGCAAUAAUAUAGCAGUGAAACAUACAUUAUAGGCUGAAUUAUAUCAUUACAUAUAUUCUCUAAACAAACUUUUUCUUAACAUUAAUAUACAUGCUUUUGCAGAUCUGGUGUAGAACCCCGGUCUCAACUGUAUUGCAGCCGCUAUACUGUGCAUCGAAGAAGAAUGCAGGCAAAUAAAGUAACAGUAUGAACUUAAGACUAAU